GAUGCCAAUGGUCUUGUUAAUGCCCUCUCAGAUCUAAAGAUGUCGAACAUCAAGAUUCCAAGUAAGAGAAUCAUCAAUAGAAGAAACAUCAAUAGAUUAAGGAAGAACUUGACUAAAAGGAAUAUCUUUGAUAAGAUCUUGGAGCAGCCAUCCUCUCUAACUGCACUAAAACCAAAGAGAGGACUCUUCUCAGUGAGAAGGGGAAACACCAAACGUGGGACAAAUAGUUUCAAGGGUACGCUAUCUAAUCCACGCAAGAAAGUUCUUUCUGAGACAAGAAUUUUUAUGAUUACAAAUUGCCUGAAACUAGUGAGCUUCACUGAGUCCCCUCUGUAGACAGAUAUUCGGAAGAGAGACCAGCCAUAUUCGACGAUGGGGACUCCAGAACAGAUCUAUCCAAAGUCUUGGAUGAAUACUAUGCUUCUGAGAGAGAAGAUUUCUUCAAAACAGAUGAUAAAAAUCAAGAUUCUUCUGAAGCAAAUCCUUUUGCUAUGUUUAAUGAUGAUCUUAAACGUAAGAAAAGAAGAAGGAAAUAUUCAGAUUAUUUUAACAACUUAUGUCCUCAAACUGAAAAUAAGCCGUAAUUCCAUAAGUUUAUCACUCUAGGGACGGAGGGCAGCCCCAAAGGCACAUCCAAGGUAGUAUAAACCUUUC